ACUGAUAUAAUUAUAUUUUUACUAACCCUAACCUAAAACCUUAUAUAACUAUGAUUGACUCUAUCAGAAUCGGAUCGGGUCUUAUACUUUCACUGACACGCGCCGAAUCCGGUCGCUUCAUCUCGAUUCAUGUCCUCUUCUUUCAACGAACGCCCUGCGCACCGCGCAGCGCGCGCAGGCGCGCGCAAAAUUUAAUACAAAAUCUAAAUUGUAUUUAAAUUUAAUACCGAAAAAUCGUGCAUGCGCGUAAAAAAAUG